AUGUCGAAGCAUUCUGAAGUCGUUGAAUUGGAGCCACGUAGUGGCGGUUACGUUCGUGACGAUGUCGCCCUUGCUCGUUUGGGGAAGAAGGCGGUGUUGAAGAGAAACUUUGGUUCCAUCACAAUUUUGGGGUUUAGCUGCACCGUUCUCAUAACAUGGGAGAGUUGCUUACAGGUUUUUCUCCUGGGACUGCAAAAUGGUGGGCCAGCUGCUUUAGUUUAUGGGUUCAUAAUUGUGUGGGUUGGAACACUCUCAGUAUUCGCUACACUCUCGGAACUUGUCUCGAUGGCUCCAACAUCUAGCGGGCAGUACCAUUGGGUUUCAAUGUUAGCACCUCAGUCAUCGCGUAAAGUGCUGAGCUAUAUUACUGGGUGGCUUACCGUCUGUGGAUGGCAAGCCUUGGUGGCGUCUGGCGGCUACAUAACCAGCACCUUGAUCCAAGGAAUAAUUGUUCUAACUCACCCCUCAUAUCUCGUGAGCUGGAAGAAUUGGCAUGGCACGCUCCUAUACUGGGCAGUUUUAUUGGUCUGCGUGCUCAUAAACACAGUCGUUGCCAGUCUCCUACCAAAAUUCGAGGGACUCCUGCUCGUGCUCCACAUUUUGGGUUUCUUUGGAGUCGUGUUUCCUCUCGUGGUUCUUGCGGACCAUUCUAACUCCGAUUUCGUAUUCAAGACCUUCAUCUAUGAUGGUGGUUGGUCAUCAAAUGGGAUUUCAUUCUGUGUUGGUAUGCUCGGGAACGUUUUCGCUUUCAUGGGCGGAGAUGCAGCAAUCCAUAUGUCCGAAGAAAUUCACAACGCUGCUACUGUUGUUCCUCGCUCAAUCUUGGGAAGUGUCGUUAUCAAUGGGGUCUUGGGCCUAGCCGCAAUGAUCGCCACACUUUACUGCAUCUCCGACCUAGAUCUAGCUUUGGCCGAGAAUCCAAUGUAUCCGUAUAUGUCGAUAUUUCGCCAAGCUGUAGGGUCGUUAUCAGGGGCGGCAGUAAUGUCCGGACUCAUUGUAGUCAUGUCAUUCAGCGCGACAACCGGUAUUUUGGCUUCUUCGUCACGAAUAUUCUGGGCAUUUUCACGUGAUAGAGGCUUGCCAGGAUGGAAAUACCUAGAAAAGGUUGAUCACCGGACGGGUAUCCCUCUCUGCUCGGUAGCAGUGACGUCUGUCAUUGCUUCUGUCCUCGCGGUGGUAAACAUUGGAGACCCAGCAGCAUUCAAUGGUGUCAUAUCUCUGACUAUUGCCUCCCUCUUCGGAUCCUACUUGAUCGCCGCUACUCUCUUAUUAUAUCGUCGUUGUAACGGCGAGAUCGGCGAGGCCGAUGAUGCACAAUCUGACGGUGGUCUUACCAACACUAUUGGUGCCAAUUUAACGUGGGGCCCUUGGAAGUUACCCGGCGCGAUUGGAAUCGCAAACAACAUCUUCGCGUGCUGUUAUCUUGGUUUUAUUUUCUUCUUCAGCUUUUGGCCUUCGAAGACGCCAGUAACUCCCAAAAACAUGAACUGGGCGGUGUUAGUGACUGGAGUGGUUGUCAUUUUUAGCACACUGUACUAUGUUAUAUGGGCUAAGAAGACUUACAAUGGGCCGGUGGUAGAGGUACAAGAUUGA